GAGUCGACACCCAUCCCAUCUCGUCACCUUGUUCGAGGGCCUCGAAACCUGCUUAAGCUUUCUUGCUUCGAUCUCUGAGACCCUCGUCGGUUCCACGGGGAUAACUAGUCACGUCCGGCGGCGCCAUUCCAGGUAACCGGACCACGAGAGCACUCGCCACCAACCACAUUUUUCAGCCCAUCCCUUGAAGUUUGCGUCUAAGACAACGUCCGCAAAGUUGUACCCCCUCGGGACUUUAACCAAUGUCGUUAAGGUCGCCGAGGUCGCCCCAUAACAGGGGCUUCCUCCCCAUCACAGGCGAGUCGACGGCGACCGAGAUGCAGGAUAUCCCCCUCCGCACCAUCAAGUCCAAUGCAAGCUCAACCGGCUCCCGAAGAGUCAACACCGAGCGCAUGGAUGAGAAACAUGCCCUCUUCGACAAGGCCGUCGGUGGUCCAGCGGGCAGGAGGCGCAUCCGGAACGACCUGCAGCGCUCCGGCUCGUCUGGCUCGUCUGAGGAUGCCUCACUUAACGCCUUGGGCCGUUUCUACCAGAAGGUCGUCGGCUUCUCCGCCAUCAUGCGCUAUCUCGUCUACAUCAUCCCCGUCGCCCUUCUGCUUGCCGUCCCCAUCAUCGUCCUCCCACUUACAGGAGACAAGGACCGCAUCAGACUGGGUAGCGGACAGCGCCACAGCCUGUUCCUGCUGUUUCUAUGGAUUGAGAUCUCAUGGCUCACCCUCUGGGCGGGGAAGCUGGUCGCCCACACCCUGCCGUACGUCUUCAUGUUCCUGAGCGGUGUCGUCAGUUCAGGCACGAAAAAGUAUGCCACCGUGAUACGCGCCCUCGAAAUCCCGCUUUCGCUCUUCUUCUGGGGUCUCGCGUCAUGGCUCUCCUUCAAGUUUAUGUGGGAUGGCGCCGACAGACAGUGGUCAACCGUCAUUGUGCGCAUCCUGCUGUCGCUCUUCAUCUCGUCCGCGGUCCUCCUAGGAGAAAAGUUUCUGGUGCAGCUCAUUAGUAUCAGUUACCACCAGCGAUCUUUUGCGAACCGCAUCCAGGACUCCAAGCGCGACAUCUUCCUCCUGGGUCUCAUGUACGAAGCUUCCCGGACCCUCUUCCCCAUGUACUGCCCCGAGUUCGCCGACGAGGACCUCAUCAUCGCCGACAGCAUCGAGGUCAUGCUUGCCCGUGCCAAGGGCAACGGCAAGCAGGGCCCUGCUGCAAUGAGGAUCGUUGGCGAUGUCGGCCGUUUUGGUGGCAAGAUCACGUCUGUGUUCGGCAACAUCGCCUCUGAGAUUACGGGAAAGCAAGUCUUCAACCCUAAUUCCGCCCACUCCGUCGUGCUCGAAGCACUGGAGAGGGUCCGCAGUUCUGAGGCUAUGGCUCGUCGUCUCUGGAUGUCAUUUGUCGUCGAAGGUCAAGACGCGCUCUCACUGGACGACAUUAUCGAGGUCAUGGGCCCCGCCCACCGCGAAGAAGCUACAGAGUGUUUCAACGCCAUUGAUGCCGACCAGAAUGGUGAUAUCAGUCUGGACGAGAUGAUCCGCAAGAUUGUCGAGAUCGGGAAGGAGCGGAAGGCCAUUGGGCACAGCAUGAAGGAUAUUGGCCAGGCGCUCGCCGUUUUCGACAGGGUCCUUCUCUUCGUCGUGUUGAUCAUCGUCAUUAUCAUUUUCCUGAUCGUCUUCCAGAGCAGCUUCGUUACCACCCUUGCUACGGCUGGCACCACGCUUCUCUCACUGUCCUUCGUCUUCGCCGUCACGACGCAAGAGUUCUUGGGUUCCUGCAUCUUCCUCUUUGUCAAGCAUCCGUAUGAUGUCGGCGACCGUGUGGAUAUCACCGGCCCGGAGAAGGAGCAGUUGAUCGUUGAGAGGAUCUCUCUCCUCUACACCGUAUUUACCCGUAUCGACAAGAUGCAGGUCGUCCAGGUUCCCAACAUCGUGCUGAAUAACGCUUGGGUCGAGAACGUGACACGAAGCAAAGCCAUGAAGGAGGUCAUUGAUGUCAAUGUUGCCUUUGACACGUCGUUCGAGGAUAUUGAGCUGCUGCGCGUCGAAUUGGAGCAGUUUGUGCAGUCACCAGACAACAGCCGGGACUUCCAGCCCGACAUCGCCAUUGGUGUCGGCGGCGUUGGCGACUGCGACAAACUCACACUCAAGAUCGCCAUCAAGCACAAGUCCAACUGGCACAACGACGCCGUCCGAGCCACGCGCCGCUCCAAAUUCAUGUGUGCUCUCACUAUGGCCCUCAGGCGCGUGCCAAUCAACGGUCCGGGAGGUGGUGGUGAUGCCCUCGGCGGACCUGCCAACCCAACAUACAGCGUCGCCGUCACGGAUACCUUCGCCACCGAUGCCCGUGCCAAGUCCGAGAAGGACAAGGAGGCUAAGAAGCUAGCGAACCAGACGGCCGAGGAGGCUGCCAAUGCCAAUGCUGAUCCGACCGAGAAACGAGCAGCUGAUAACAUUAACACAUCCAACCCCGUGGUCGAAGCGCUCGACGACUGGGGGUACGAAAACACGCUCGCCAGCCGUGAUCCCUCAGCCGACCGCCCCGCGAACGCCGGUGCGGCGGCCACCGUAUCCCGCUCCGAUACUGUCGGCGGUGUGAGCGCUCGCGAAUCCCAGCGCGGGCGCCGCAGGGCCGGCGACACGCUCCCUCCGCAUUCAAUGGGUGAUGAUCCCAACAUGCCGGCUGUCCAUCUGACGCGGACGUCCACAUCCACCCGCCCAGACAACCAGUCGUUUGACGUCGAGAGACAGGCGGGCAUCCCACCCCCGGCGGGGUCGCCGUACAACACCUGGUCCGCGUACAACGCGCAGGCGCCCAGCCCAAUGCCCAGUGACGCCGGUGCCCCCCAUCCGCAGGGCGUAUACGGGAGCCCUCCCCCACCUACCGGAGCCCCCACGCAUCUGGCUGUCCAACAGCCGGGAGCGCAGCCCCAAGGCACGACGUCCGGGAGGACACUGGUUGGCGCGAGGCCAAGAGGGUCGAGUGUGAGCCAGCCCCAAGGGCAGCCUGGGCCUUCAGGACCCCCGGGUAGGAUCUGAAGGUAUAUUGAAGAGACGGAAAGCAUCUACCCAAAAGGAUGAUUGAGAGGCCAGUUAGGGCCAGGUGCCGAUCUUAUUAAUGAUGGGAAUGAGAAUGGGAACAUCCGAACUGAAUUUAGUGCGCGGUUUAUGGAGUGAUCGUUUGGGUUUCUAAAAGACAACUAAUGGAGUUGGGUGCUUAGAAGUUUGGAGAUUCUGUUACAGAUUUUGGUGAAGAGGUUUGGGGGUUUGGGGAACA